AGGGUUGUUCUUGACCACAUCCGAUUCCUAGACUCGUAUAACGAGUACACGGGUAAAACAAUGAGUGUACAACUAACACAUUUGAAACCUAGGUACUUGUCGCUGCCGAUGCGUUCUGCUACUAGUGCCAGCAGCAACUUGAAUGCUCCUGCGAUGAUUCACACCCUACCCAGACAUGCCCGGAGUCAUAGUAACUUCUUUGGGGGACAGUCCCUGAACCGUCUGUCAUGGCUGCGCCAGCAACAAUCGUUCCUGAACAACAUCUUACCGUCACCAGAGACUCGAUGGCUCGUCUUCAAUGACGGACGGCCACUCCUCCUGACUGAGCGCGGGUCCAGCGCACCGGCGCUCGCUCGGCUGUCCACGGACGACGUGCGACCCCUUCUAGGACAUGAGGCGUUCUUCGGACAAGGGCAGACUGUUGGCGAGGUCGCAGCGAGCGAGGCCGUCGCCUUAGAGGGUGCGCGCUUGCGCGGGCUUCCCAUCGUCUUCCUCGGACUGCAGGAGCCCCCCUCCGGCGGGAGGCGCGCAUUGCCUUCGUCGGAUUUCACGGCGAAGGGAGCCUCCGGUCUUACAAGCGUGUUCGAAAAUAUCGAAGGAUCGGCGUAUUUCUCCCUCGACGUCACCGACGAAAAUGCCGAUAAACUGUACGAGGCCCUGCAGUGCUCCCACGCAGCAAAAAAUGGAGCGAAGCUGACUUUCGUGGACCCUCGGUCGGCGAUGGGUGCGCUCAACUAUGCAGACGCAAACAUUUUCGCGAUGGCACGUUCCAUGCACGAUUGGAAUGCGCGCAACAAGUAUUGUCCGUCCUGCGGCUCUCCGGCAUAUUCACAGUGGGCGGGAUGGAAGCGUACUUGCACAAGUCUUCUUCCCUGGGUCCAGAAAGCGAAGAGGGAGACACCAUGCCUCACAGCGCAGGGACUGCAUAAUUUUUGCCACCCGAGGACAGACAUGGUGGUCAUCACAGCCAUCGUCGACCCGCAUAGAGAGAAGCUCUUGCUAGGACGCAAUAAACGAUUCCCACCCAAGUUCUGGUCUGUUUUGUCCGGAUUUAUAGAGCCAGGAGAGUCGCUUGAAGAUGCGGUCAAGCGCGAAACGUGGGAGGAGGCUGGUAUCGAAGUGCGGGACGUGCAGUAUCACUCCUCUCAACCAUGGCCGUACCCAGCUACGUUAAUGGCCGGUCUUUACGCCACCGCUGACUCCUCCCAGCCGACGAGAACAGAUCUAGACAACGAGCUGGAAGACGUACGCUGGUAUACCCGGGCGGAGAUCUUGGACAUUCUGACGCAGUACGGAGCCACGCACCCGAGCAUGGAGAGAGAGCGAUCGGCCGACGCGCCGAUGGGCUUCCCGGAUACAACCGCAAUUGGGGGUGUCCUCAUUAGCGAAUGGGCCUACGGUAAGGCAGGACCUGCAGCCAAGCUAUGAUGGGAGGUGAACAGAUACAACGGCAACGGAAUCGGGACUUAGCAUAAUAUAGAGUGGAUGUAAAAUUGCUACCGACCUGCCUGGGUGUGAUUCAGAGCAACCUGAUCACCACAGCUGCCAAUGGGGCCAACACUGUACUCUACCGCUUUGUGAUGUCGACACGCCGGCAGCCUGGGCUAUAGUAUUCGCAUGUUUGGUCAAUGUGCCGGCGGUGCUGGCAAGCUCCCCAUGCUCCGAGCAGCACAACACAUAUAUUUCGCUUGUCUUCUCAAACGGACAUCCUAUCCAAUCGUCACCGCGAUACAUCUCCUUGGCACUCCGGGCUCUGACCAUGGAUCCGGAGAGGUGAACUUUGACCUUCGUAGUACGGUCAGGAAGCGCGCAUGUCACUCUGAUUUGGUCCGAUCCAUCGUGCCAGAUCGUGCCACGAUCAAAUCGUCCGCGGUACGGCUUCCCAUCUUCCCAUGCAUUCUAUUAGGCGGUUGUAGC